AGGAGUCUGGCGUUAUUUUUUAAUUGUAGAGGAGCCAAAAAAAGUCACACAUUUAGAAAUAAAAUCUAAAUAAGCUAUGCUGUAAUUAUUCCAUCGGUAAAUGUGCAUUACAAACAUUAAAUAAAAAUGAGGUGUUUAUGUCAUUACAUUGUAAUUGCGUCAUUAAAAAAAAAAAAAAAAAAAAAAAAAAAAAAAAAGGCCUUUAACAUUUGCUUAUCUCCCGAGCUGUGUGCAGAUUUUUUUAAGGGGGGUCUGACAGUCAGCUGAGAGGGACGGGGACGAGUGCUGUCUGUCCUCUGUUGUGGAAAUGAGGAGCGUCUGAGGCAGGCAGGGGUUGAUAGGGGCUGGGCUGAUGACAGCAUCCUCCGCCGCUCAGUGGCUCCACACCUGACCGACUCCAUCAGAUGCACAGAUGAUGGAUCUCUCCGUGCUGCCGGGUUAUCCUGUUGCCACCAUUUCGCACGACCACUGCCCGACACAUGUUCUCCAAACGCCGUGAUCAUUUGAACCUGGCUUUUUUAUUUUAUAUUUUUAUUUUUAUGCUUGAUCCCUGAGCGGAUGAUCGCUUCUUUUUCAUUACUGAGUGUAAAUGCCGAGGUCGGAUCGUGGUGGUCUUUGUUUUUUUUUUUCCUGGAGAAGCGAACAGGAGUGGACUGAUGCUGCGUCGCUGGUAAACACCAGAAAUGGGUGUCACUGAGCCAAUCGCGGUUCGUUCUUGGACCCGAUUUUCGUUUUUCUUAUGAUAAAACAUCUGCCCGAUCCAAGGUCUUACACAUCUACAAGUUGCUUACACUGAGCAGGCUUCAGUCAAGCAAACAAAUGGUCCUAUCAAUUGCCACUGGACAGAGUCUGCCAUAGGGAGGAUAUCAAUAACACGCUAAUACACCUGCACACACACACACACACACACACACACACCAUGGCGCUGGAGAACUCGGUCUUCCCCACCCGCCCAGACUCCCUCUCGCUCCCCGUGGAGGAGAAGGGGGAAGGCGAACAAGUGGAGGUGGCCACCGAGGCCACCGCCUCCACCGGAGUCUUCAACCUAUCGGAGGAGCUGGGCCACGUCGUCACCACCGAGACGGCACCGUCCCCUCCACCCUUGGUCAAGGUCAAGAGGUCGUUCCAGAACAAGCUGGCCGAGCGGGAGGCCACAGCCAAUCAACCCAGGAAGAAGAUCAUUCCGGAGAGGGAGAGGGGGCGAUUCGGGUGGGCCCGGGCUCGGCGUAAGAGACAGCGCUACGUGGAGAAGAACGGUCGCUGCAAUGUGCAGCACGGUAACAUGCGGGAGACUUACCGCUACCUGACCGACAUCUUCACCACGCUGGUGGACCUCAACUGGCGCUGCUCGCUCUUCGUCUUCGUCAUGGCCUACGCUGUGACAUGGCUCUUCUUCGGGGCCAUCUGGUACCUCAUAGCCUACUGUAGGGGUGAUCUGGACCAUCUGGAGGAUGAAACGUGGACGCCAUGCGUCAAUAAUGUCAACGGCUUUAUCUCGGCCUUCCUCUUCUCCAUCGAGACAGAGACCACCAUUGGCUACGGCCACCGCGUCAUCACCGACCAGUGUCCAGUGGGCACCAUGCUGCUGCUGCUGCAGGCUAUACUGGGCUCAAUGGUCAAUGCCUUCAUGGUUGGCUGUAUGUUUGUGAAGAUCUCGCAGCCCAACAAACGGGCAGAGACUCUGGUGUUCUCCAAACAUGCUGUCAUCUCUUUGAGAGAUGACAAGCUCUGUCUGAUGUUCAGGGUGGGCGACCUUCGGAGCUCCCACAUCGUAGGGGCCAACAUGAGGGCCAAGCUCAUCAAGUCUAAACAGACUCAGGAAGGUGAGUUCAUCCCGCUGGACCAAACAGACAUCAGCGUGGGCUUCGAGACAGGCGAUGAUCGUCUCUUCCUGGUCUCGCCGCUGGUGAUCUCCCACGAGAUCGACACACAUUCGCCCUUCUGGGACAUGUCGCAGUCCCAGCUGGAGAAGGAGGACUUUGAGAUUGUGGUCAUCUUGGAAGGAAUGGUGGAGGCAACCGGGAUGACGUGCCAGGCGAGGAGCUCCUAUCUAACGGAGGAGGUGUUGUGGGGUCACCGGUUUAGCCCGAUGAUGUUAAUGGCAGAGGGCUUCUUUGACAUCGACUACGGAGCAUUUCAUCACACGUUUGAGGUGGACACGCCCUCCUGCUCCGCACGAGAGCUCUCAUUGGCUGCAGCCAGACUCGAUGCUCACCUCUACUGGUCCAUCUCCAGCAGGCUGGAUGAAGAACCCACCCUGACCAAUCAGGCGGCCAAGCAGCUGGACAGCGGCUCGGCCAACAGCAAAGGAGGGGAGACAACCUUCAUCGUCGGAGAGAUGACCGACAUCCAGGAGCAAACAGGACUGGGCGAGCUGAACGGCUGCGUCGCCACCGAUCAAUCGGAAUCAGAGGCCUAGGACAGAGAAUGUUUACAAAGACCUUCAGUAAAUCACCACCACACCACAAUUAGUGUUUUGCAGAUCCUUUUCUUUUAAGGCAAAUAAGUAGUUUCACAAGGCUCAGUUCUGCAGUUUACGUCAUAUCUUAUGUUACCAUAUGAAGGAGUUUAUUUCUUGAUAUUUACGUCUUUUAUUUCUAUGUUGAUCUUUGUUAAAAGUGUACUGUAUGUGUAAUAUCUCUUUUUCAAUCUGUUGUGUUAGCUCCAAUCACCCUUGCCUAUAUCUACAUUUAAAUGACAAUACUAUGCUUUAGGUGGGGUCAACAAUAGUAUAUCCUGUGGACCAAGGCAGAAUUAUUUUAAAACAGAUAGAGGUCAUUUGUCUUGCGGGGCAGAAAGGUGACAAGUCGGUUGUUUGUGCACAUUGUGGGAUCGUUCACAUUUAAAAUAGGUACAGUGCAUAGACGCUUUAUUUUCACCUGCGCAUGAAUAUCACUAGAUGGUAUUGAGGUAUAGACUGAAAUUGUAGUAACCUCAAAUUUCUUUAGAUGGAAAGAUUGUUUAAAGAUUUAUUGUGUAUCAAUCAGGUGUUACCAGGGUGGGAAAGUAACACCCGGCCCCCAUCCGCUGGUGUAUUUGCUAGAAACUUAAUUUGGUAACAAAAUAUCAUUUGGUGCUAGAAAAUUGUUUAGAAAAUCUUUUUGGCUGACAAAGUGGCCAUUGGACAACAAAGCUGGUUUCCUGCCUUGGGUUUAAAUCAUUUUGUCUAACUUUUUAUAAUAAGGGUACAAAUCGUAUAUUUAAGUAAUGCUUUAAUAAUUUAUGACUCAUGAUGAUUUAAUGCAGGAUGUUUUAUGAAUUCCUGUUGCACACCAUUAACGAAGGAUCAAGUCACUAUGACUUAAUGUGAUUAGUUCAUAGUUAAUAGAUCAUCAGUUAGGGAAUGUUAAUUUGGUCGAGUUAGCCGGAUUUUAGGUAACUUUAUUUCAGACAAGUUCCUGAAAGUCUUACAGUACAUACAGGAAUAUGCAGUUACUUGUUUUAAUGAAACGUCAUUGUCAGAUGCAAACAGUUACGUAAUGAACAUAAAAAAAUACAGUUACAUAAAUACAUUUUUAUUCAACUGAAAUGCAGUUGACUUGAGUGCAUAUCAAUUAAUUAACAUUCCCUCACUGAUGAACUGUUAAGUGUGAAUAGUAGUGAUUGGGUGUUUUGUUAAAGGUGAGCACCAGGAAUUUGUGCUACAUAAGGCAUUAAUUCAUACAUUCAUACAGUAAAGCAUCAUGAGGCAUUCAUUGGUUAAAGGUUAUGUAAUGAGAUUUAGAACAAUAAUAUAGCAGCAAACGACUGUUUGCUAUGUAAAGAUAAAGUGGAGCAGUUUUCUAAUCCACGUUGAUGAAUUAAGGAUUUCAGACCGAAGCAGAGUUGGUGAUUGUUGGACCAGUGGAAAGACUAACAAAUACUGUUUUGGUGAGUUUUAUUUAGUUUCUAUCUAUUCUGUUAUGGUCUUACAAUAAUAUACGAGGUAAAUUACCAUUUUUGUCUCUGGAGUUUGGUGGCCAGCGAUAUGACGGCUGUUUCUGGGUCAACAGAGACUGUAGAAAGGCUAACAAAGUCACUUUUGUUGAGUUUUGUUUGUUUCUCUUCCAUUGUUUUUGUCUGAGAUUCUUGAGUACAAAGUGAAUUUCAUAUACAUAACCUUCAAGCAUUACACAGGUAUAUGAUUUGUACCCUCACUAUAAAGAAGGCACAGAGGAUUAUGUUUCACCAGACUGUAAACUGAAGUGUUUUGCUGCCCUGUCUGGUUAAACGAUUCCAGUUUAAAGCCUGUUUAACCUCUGACCGCACUCAGGAUCACUGCUGGGUGUGGUCAGAAAUGUGCUCUGUUACACCUGUUACCACGCCCUGACAGUGAUGUCACCGGGUCCUGAAGUACCUUUGUACAUCACUGCAGCAAAAGGUGAGAAGUUGAACCACUGGAGGUCAGCAAAAACAAGAUUUUCAGGGAGUGUUCAGUUACUCUUUGAGAGCACUAAUAUGAAUUUGCUGAUAUUCCUAGCUGCACUUUCACAUUAUGGUGAAUAGGGUAUCUAUCUAAAACCUUUAACAGAGGGACAGGUUAACACUCGAGUGUGUCUGUGGCUUCGUUUUCACAUACGACGUGUGUAGCACAAGGAUGAUCUAUCUUUUGUUCCCCAGCCAAGUAGAAAUUAAAAGCACAACAGUGUCCUGCUCAGUUCAGCCCAGACUCCUGCUUCUGCUGCUGCGUAUAUAUGUGGCCAUUUUUACUUGAUGUUUUUAAUAAUAAAUAUAACACAUCUAUUAGAAUUAAUAAACUGCAGUAUAUUCCAGACCAACUGUCUCAGAUUGUGUGAUAUUCCCAGUUAUAAAUAAAAAAAUAUGUUAUACGUGCAUACUAGAGCUUUGAAACUGCUGUUCAGGAAUAUAACUUUAAUUAGGAUGAGUGAGAUUAAAUAUUUGGGAUAGAAAACGUACAUAUGCAAUUCAAAAAUCGGGUUUAAAAAAUUUGUCAGGAUUCAGAAAAUAGUACUUUGUCCUGAAAAUAGGCUUAAUCCUAAAUUACAUCAACAUAUAUGGACUAAAACUUAAACAUAACAUACAGUAAAAUACAUUUGUCUGGUCUUACGCUUAUAAUAAUACUGCAAUACUGAAAUUUAACAAUAUAAAAUCAGAGCUGAAAUGUGGCCGUUUAAUCAAUCACUGCACAAUUUAAAGACACCUGCACUUCACAUGGUCAGGCCUAUUUCCAUUGUAUGCUUGUAUAGUUCUACCUCAUAAUUCAUAGGGAAAUAUUGUCACUAGAAAUAUUCUUACUAGUUACUUUGCAGAUUAAGAUUUUAUGCACAUACGAUAUGACCAUCUCAUAAAAAAUAUGAUGAACUGUUACGGAAUAAACUACUCAAAGGUUUUAUAAAGCAGUUAAAAUUAGCUUCACAUCCACCAGCUACGACAUUAAAAUGCUGCUGAGACAUUAAUGAUGUAAAAUGUUAUAUAACACAAUAUAACAGGAGCCAUUUUUAUAAUGGUAAUGGAGUGCUUUAACAUUGUGAUACUGGUACUUUUACUCAAGUAAAACACCUGAAUACUUCUUCCACCACUGUAUAAAAUACAUAAAAUCAAUUAUUGGAA